AUGAACCGAGCACUGUCUAUACGGUCCAAGGGCAGGCACAGCCAGAAGGAUGCCCCCAAGCACAACUUUUCCAUGACCACCUUCCGUGGCAUGAGAGAAUCAGACCUUUCCAAGAAGCUUUUCAAGCUGAUCAAGACUGAAAACCACGCUAUCAGUGCAUACGAAACUGCUGGUAGAGAACGAGUUUCAAUCGCUUCCCAGCUCUCGGACUGGGGCGAGUCGACUAACGACGACUCGAUCUCUGACUUGUCAGACAAGAUCGGCGUACUGCUGUCAGAAAUUGGUGAACAGGAGGAUCUUUUUGCUCAGAACCUCGAGGACUACAGAAGCGUCCUGAAGCAGAUCAGAAACACCGAGAGCAGCGUCCAGCCAAGCCGUGACAACAAGGCCAAGAUCAGCGACGAGAUCGCAAAACUCAAGUACAAGGAACCUAGCAGCCCAAGAAUUGUCACUCUUGAGCAGGAACUCGUACGAGCUGAGGCUCAAAACUUGGUCGCAGAAGCACAACUGACCAACAUUACUCGUCAGAAGCUCAAGGAGGCAUACGAUAUCCAAUUCGCCGCAACCAUCGAACGAGCUGAGAAACAAAUCAUCCUUGCCAGAUACGGCCGCAGGUUGCUGAACUUGCUAGACGACACUCCAGUCGUUCCUGGUGAUGUUCGACAGCCAUUUGCUAACGCCAGCGAAGCUAAACACAUCCUCAACGAAGCCGAAGCCGAGCUGCAAUCAUGGCAUCCAUCUGUUGAGCCUAUCUCGACUAAUGCAAGCGGAAUGGGCGCGAACCUGAUGCCUGCUGAGGACCAGACUACCACCACUGCAUCGGAAGCCCCAAUGUCCGAUAACCAAUCCACCGGUUAUCACCAAGCCACGACUGGCCAUCACAGUGCCGCUGUCGAAGAUCCUAGAAACCCAGUCGCUGGUGAAGGAUCACAUCUUGAAAAGGCCGUGGCCGCUUAG